AUGCCCUCAUCAUCAGUUUCGGGUGGUUCCAGUUUAUUGGGAGGUGGUGAGAGAAUUGUUAUGGAGGGAGAAGUUCUGAGAAGAAGCUUGUUCUCCACUUGGAGAAAGAUGUACAUGUUACUAAAGGAUGAUGGAUCUUUGCAUCAAUUUGGGAGGAACCCACAACUGUACCCCGAGGAAACUCUUAAGGAAACAUUAAUGAUGAACUCUGGAUAUGUAAUACAAAUUGUGAAUGCUGAUUCGUUGUUGAAUCAACAGUUUACUAUCAUGAUUCUGUUCAACGACAAGGCACCCAUGCUACUCAAGGCAAAAGACUCUGUUGAACACCAACGUUGGUUAUCAGCGCUGAAUAGGCUCUCUCUCAUCAAGAAUGAAAAGUUUAGAUCCACCAAUCAAUUGAUUAUUGAUGCCAUUGAGAUCAUACCUAUUCCAUGUAUUGUUUCCGAUAAGAAUAGAAUCGUACAAAGCCUUAAUUUUCCAUGCCAAUCCAUCACUGGGCUAAAAAAGGAAGACAUCAAGAAUAUCUCUUUAGCCAACAUGAUCCGUAUUGAGGGAGCUCAGUCGAAAACAGGAUCUACAACCUUAGGGGCGGUUCCAAAGGAAGCACAUAUUACUACCUCAGAUAAAUUUAAAAAGAUUUUGAUGCUUUCCUCACAAAUUGAAACACAAGGCCACAUUCUCGUAUUCUUGCACGAUAUCAACGAAUAUGACGCAUACUUGGAUGAGGAACUAGAAGAAGUGUUUGAUGAACUGUAUCAAGCACAAAUGAAUGGGCCUAAAGAAUCCAUCGGAGGAAAUGAAACCAAAACGAUGAGACUAUUUGUAAAAAUAUCUGGCAUGUCUCCAUUUGUAUUGAGGCUUUACUUUGGAUUACAGACUCACCACUACCAAAAAAUUGUGGACAUGUAUUAUAGCGACAAGUUGUACAACAAGAAGCCACCUGGGCCAAUAUUCUUGCAAAAAAUAAUUAAUUUUCCAAAUGGAGAUAAGAUGAUGGAGUUUGGAAGAAAACAAGUGGCUUCAGAUCGAUUUAGCAUGGAAGAACAAAUCAAACUUGCAAUUUAUGAUGAACCAGAGGCUAGCGAGGAUUCCAUAGUAAUGCAAAAAUGCAGUGUACCUGAAAUGUUCAAUGGAGAUGUUCCCAAAGUCAUUGGAAUUAACAGAUUACUACUGUUACUUACUGAUGUGUAUUCUCCAAAAUAUUUGACUGAUGUUUUUUGGUACACAUUUAGAUAUUCCAUGAAGCCAAAAGUAGUACUGGAAAAGAUAUAUCAACGAUAUUUUGUUCCAGAACCUUCUGACCAGGAUCUGAUAUUCAAUGAUGUUGAAAAAACAUAUUUUACCACAUUUGUCUGUACAGGCAUCAAGAAGAAAUGUUUAAACCUAAUUCUGAUGUUUGUGAAGAGUGGAAUGUUUGAUUUCGAUAAUGAAAUGGUGAUACAUCUUCAAGAAUUUCUAAACAAGGCUGAACAGUCACUGAACAACAAUGGAGAAUCAGUAAAACCAGUAACGAAUUUAGAUUUUGGUUUGUCUUCUACCAUAAAUCACAUCCGGGAAAUGUUGAACAAACAAGACAGAAAGCAACCAUGGCAAAAAGCAAAAGAUAUGACAACAUUAUUUCAGUUACGGGAGAAUAAGAAGGCAAAAUUUGCAGGAGCGACCAAUACUCAAUCCUUACUUGAUAUUUCUGAGAUGAGUCCAAAAGAAAUUGCCGAUCAACUCACUUACAUGGACUAUACCAUCUACAAUGAGAUUUAUUUUACUGAGAUUCUCGACCAAGCUUGGAAUAAGGAUAAGAGAAGACAUCAGGCACCAAAUGUAAUGGCUAACAUCAACUUCUUAAACAAGGUGAGCACAUGGUUUACUUGGAAAAUUCUAUCUGAAGAUGCACAUCUCAAGAGAGUAAAGAUGCUAAAGAAGGUGAUCCAAGUUCUGGGUAUUCUAAAAGAUAUGAACAGCUUCAACAUGUUAAUGGCAAUAAUGGGAGUCUUGGGAGGAACAUCCAUUCACAGACUUUCCAACUUGUGGGAAGAAAUGGACGAAAAGACUCUUGAGAUUCAACAGCAAUGCGCAGAGUUGGCUUCCACAAAGGGAAACAACAAAAACUUUAGAAUGGCCAUGAAUGAAUGCUACAGCAGCGGAAAACUCUCCUCUCCUUAUAUUGGCAUCUAUUUGAGAGACCUGGUCUUCACAGACGAUGGUAAUCCAACGAUCAUGGAUGGAAAAAUCAACUUUUCGAAAUGUAUCAACACGUACAAUGUCAUGCAUCAAAUAUUGAGAUUCCAAGGAAGACCGUUUGAUAUUGAACCAAACACAGACUUUAUUAGAGAAAUGGUUGCUUUCAAUGACAAGGAAAAGAGUGAAGAUUACCUCUACGAGCUCUCUCUUCAAGUACAGCCAAGAAAAUAA